AACUCCAGCUUUGAGUCACACUCAUUCAUUGGACUGACAGCUGGGAGAAACUACACAGUCGUAGUGACCACAAUCAGUGGACCCUUUGCUGAAGAAUCAGAGCCUGUUUCCAAUGCAACCUAUCCCAAUCCACCUGGAGCUAUUCUUGUAGAAGAGCAGACCACUGAUUUCAUUACUAUAAGUUGGGGUUUGCCCCAAGACAUGGACUUGGGCCAGUACAGUUUCAUCAUAGUCUAUCAAACUAAUGAAACCCAGACCGCAAACAAUAUGACGACAUUGAAGAACUUGACAUCAGGGACUCUGUACAGCAUCUCUGUGGUAACCGUAGGGCCAAUGGGCUACCAGAGCACUCCAGUGACGGCAGAAAUCUCCACCAAGCCUGAAAGAGUGAGGCCUGUGGUUUCAAGCAGAGGCACCAAUGAUACCAUUGAGGUGACAUGGACCUCUCCAUCUGGCAAUGUAGAACAAUACAUGGUCAACUUGAUCAGUGAUUCUGGAGAAAACCAAACAAAGGUUCUUAACUCCAGCUUUGAGUCACACUCAUUCAUUGGACUGACAGCUGGGAGAAACUACACAGUCGUAGUGACCACAAUCAGUGGACCCUUUGCUGAAGAAUCAGAGCCUGUUUCCAAUGCAACCUAUCCCAAUCCACCUGGAGCUAUUCUUGUAGAAGAGCAGACCACUGAUUUCAUUACUAUAAGUUGGGGUUUGCCCCAAGACAUGGACUUGGGCCAGUACAGUUUCAUCAUAGUCUAUCAAACUAAUGAAACCCAGACCGCAAACAAUAUGAUGACAUUGAAGAACUUGACAUCAGGGACUCUGUACAGCAUCUCUGUGGUAACCGUAGGGCCAAUGGGCUACCAGAGCACUCCAUUGACGGCAGAAAUCUCCACCAAACAAUACAUGGUCAACUUGAUCAGUGAUUAUGGAGACAACCAAACAAAGGUUCUUAACUCCAGCUUUGAGUCACACUCAUUCAUUGGACUGACAGCUGGGAGAAACUACACAGUCGUAGUGACCACAAUCAGUGGACCCUUUGCUGAAGAAUCAGAGCCUGUUUCCAAUGCAACCUAUCCCAAUCCACCUGGAGCUAUUCUUGUAGAAGAGCAGACCACUGAUUUCAUUACUAUAAGUUGGGGUUUGCCCCAAGACAUGGACUUGGGCCAGUACAGUUUCAUCAUAGUCUAUCAAACUAAUGAAACCCAGACCGCAAACAAUAUGACGACAUUGAAGAACUUGACAUCAGGGACUCUGUACAGCAUCUCUGUGGUAACCGUAGGGCCAAUGGGCUACCAGAGCACUCCAGUGACGGCAGAAAUCUCCACCAAGCCUGAAAGAGUGAGGCCUGUGGUUUCAAGCAGAGGCACCAAUGAUACCAUUGAGGUGACAUGGACCUCUCCAUCUGGCAAUGUAGAACAAUACAUGGUCAACUUGAUCAGUGAUUAUGGAGACAACCAAACAAAGGUUCUUAACUCCAGCUUUGAGUCACACUCAUUCAUUGGACUGACAGCUGGUAGAAACUACACAGUCGUAGUGACCACAAUCAGUGGACCCUUUGCUGAAGAAUCAGAGCCUGUUUCCAAUGCAACCUAUCCCAAUCCACCUGGAGCUAUUCUUGUAGAAGAGCAGACCACUGAUUUCAUUACUAUAAGUUGGGGUUGGCCCCAAGACAUGGACUUGGGCCAGUACAGUUUCAUCAUAGUCUAUCAAACUAAUGAAACCCAGACCGCAAACAAUAUGAUGACAUUGAAGAACUUGACAUCAGGGACUCUGUACAGCAUCUCUGUGAUAACCGUAGGGCCAAUGGGCUACCAGAGCACUCCAGUGACGGCAGAAAUCUCCACCAAGCCUGAAAGAGUGAGGCCUGUGGUUUCAAGCAGAGGCACCAAUGAUACCAUUGAGGUGACAUGGACCUCUCCAUCUGGCAAUGUAGAACAAUACAUGGUCAACUUGAUCAGUGAUUAUGGAGACAACCAAACAAAGGUUCUUAACUCCAGCUUUGAGUCACACUCAUUCAUUGGACUGACAGCUGGGAGAAACUACACAGUCGUAGUGACCACAAUCAGUGGACCCUUUGCUGAAGAAUCAGAGCCUGUUUCCAAUGCAACCUAUCCCAAUCCACCUGGAGCUAUUCUUGUAGAAGAGCAGACCACUGAUUUCAUUACUAUAAGUUGGGGUUUGCCCCAAGACAUGGACUUGGGCCAGUACAGUUUCAUCAUAGUCUAUCAAACUAAUGAAACCCAGACCGCAAACAAUAUGACGACAUUGAAGAACUUGACAUCAGGGACUCUGUACAGCAUCUCUGUGGUAACCGUAGGGCCAAUGGGCUACCAGAGCACUCCAGUGACGGCAGAAAUCUCCACCAAGCCUGAAAGAGCGAGGCCUGUGGUUUCAAGCAGAGGCACCAAUGAUACCAUUGAGGUGACAUGGACCUCUCCAUCUGGCAAUGUAGAACAAUACAUGGUCAACUUGAUCAGUGAUUAUGGAGACAACCAAACAAAGGUUCUUAACUCCAGCUUUGAGUCACACUCAUUCAUUGGACUGACAGCUGGGAGAAACUACACAGUCGUAGUGACCACAAUCAGUGGACCCUUUGCUGAAGAAUCAGAGCCUGUUUCCAAUGCAACCUAUCCCAAUCCACCUGGAGCUAUUCUUGUAGAAGAGCAGACCACUGAUUUCAUUACUAUAAGUUGGGGUUGGCCCCAAGACAUGGACUUGGGCCAGUACAGUUUCAUCAUAGUCUAUCAAACUAAUGAAACCGAGACCGCAAACAAUAUGACGACAUUGAAGAACUUGACAUCAGGGACUCUGUACAGCAUCUCUGUGGUAACCGUAGGGCCAAUGGGCUACCAGAGCACUCCAGUGACGGCAGAUAUCUCCACCAAACAAUACAUGGUCAACUUGAUCAGUGAUUAUGGAGACAACCAAACAAAGGUUCUUAACUCCAGCUUUGAGUCACACUCAUUCAUUGGACUGACAGCUGGUAGAAACUACACAGUCGUAGUGACCACAAUCAGUGGACCCUUUGCUGAAGAAUCAGAGCCUGUUUCCAAUGCAACCUAUCCCAAUCCACCUGGAGCUAUUCUUGUAGAAGAGCAGACCACUGAUUUCAUUACUAUAAGUUGGGGUUGGCCCCAAGACAUGGACUUGGGCCAGUACAGUUUCAUCAUAGUCUAUCAAACUAAUAAAACCGAGACCGCAAACAAUAUGACGACAUUGAAGAACUUGACAUCAGGGACUCUGUACAGCAUCUCUGUGGUAACCGUAGGGCCAAUGGGCUACCAGAGCACUCCAGUGACGGCAGAAAUCUCCACCAAGCCUGAAAGAGUGAGGCCUGUGGUUUCAAGCAGAGGCACCAAUGAUACCAUUGAGGUGACAUGGACCUCUCCAUCUGGCAAUGUAGAACAAUACAUGGUCAACUUGAUCAGUGAUUAUGGAGACAACCAAACAAAGGUUCUUAACUCCAGCUUUGAGUCACACUCAUUCAUUGGACUGACAGCUGGGAGAAACUACACAGUCGUAGUGACCACAAUCAGUGGACCCUUUGCUGAAGAAUCAGAGCCUGUUUCCAAUGCAACCUAUCCCAAUCCACCUGGAGCUAUUCUUGUAGAAGAGCAGACCACUGAUUUCAUUACUAUAAGUUGGGGUUGGCCCCAAGGCAUGGACUUGGGCCAGUACAGUUUCAUCAUAGUCUAUCAAACUAAUGAAACCCAAACCGCAAACAAUAUGACGACAUUGAAGAACUUGACAUCAGGGACUCUGUACAGCAUCUCUGUGGUAACCGUAGGGCCAAUGGGCUACCAGAGCACUCCAGUGACGGCAGAAAUCUCCACCAGACCUGAGAGCGUUCGGGGUCUUAAAGUGUCCUCAACAUCUGUAAACAUGAUCAACAUAACAUGGCAGGAGCCUGUCGGGUUGAAACCCGGGUACUCUUAUCGUGCUACGAUCCAGAGCAGCGCGUACCAACUCGGGGUCAGCAUCACAGAGUUGCAUUAUGAAUUCACCAGGCUGGUUCCAGGCAACCGCUACAAUUUGGAGGUAACGUCCCAGACGUCUGAUGGGACUGAAGGCUCUCCCAUGAGCAUCUCUGUCUGUACAGACACGUCUCCCGUUAACUUCACCUGCGUCGGGCCGAACCGCACUGGCCCCCUGCUGAACCUGGCGUGGGACAGUCCCGAGGGCUCGAACGACGGGUUCUGGGUGACGUGGAGCGAGAACGGGAGUGCGACCCUUCCCGCCUGCACAGGCAGCUGUAGCCACAGCAUCGAAGACCUCUCAUACCACACCCCGUACAGUGUGCAUGUGUGGACCCUGGGCUGUGGGAAAAGCAGCAGUGUCUCUGAAAAUGUUUGUCAGACAGGCAUCACAGCUCCACCUGAACUAAACCCAGACAUAAAUGUCGUUGUGGAAAAGCAGCAUGAUGGGUUUACUCUGAAAUUCGACUCGAGUGUACUCAAUGGAAAAAACGGACCAAUUACGGCUUAUGGCAUACUACUGACAUCCAAUUUGAAUGGGUUUUCUGAAAAAAACAACAGCGGUUUGCGAAAAUACCUUGAUAAAACCUAUAAUGACUGGACCGGAGAUAAUAGUGUCCCGUAUCUGGCAACCGCACGUGAAAUUGACACAGGCCAAAAUCGAAAUGAGGAAUCUGAGCUUGUGGUUGAAGUGGGGUCUGGUUCGGACUGGAAUGGAUACCACAACGGACCGCUAAAGCCCGUGACAACUUACAGAUAUGCUCUGGUGAUGUUUACUCACGUUGUGAUAAAAGAUGAAUUGGUUGACGUGUCAGAAUCCUUGUUCUCAGUGUCACCCUUUUCUGCCAACGAUGUCGACCUUCCACAAAAUCCAGGUGUGAUUACGGCUGGAGCUGUGGCCGGGACAUUAGCGGUCAUAACUGCUCUUGCUGUCGGGGCCGCCGUGUACUGGAGGAGAGCUGCCAAAAAGAGACCUACAGAGAUCCCCAUCGAGGCCAUGAGAGGCUUUGGACGGGAGAGAAUGAGAGAACAGUGUGUGUGUGUGCCUCAGAGAGAGAGUUUGUGUGUGUGCAGUCUUGCUGUGCAGUCAGUAUCACGCAGUAAUCACAGUGUUGUGUUUUCCUGCAGUGGUGUGCCUGUGCAGGUGGUGGAGUAUGAGGUGUACCACAAGAAGCAGAGCGCGGAUUCCAACUGUGGAUUUGCUGAACAAUAUGAGGACCUGCGGUCGGUGGGCAUCGCCCAGUCGAAGACGAGUGCCACAGAUCCUGAAAACAAGGGCAAGAACCGCUACAGCAACGUGCUGCCGUACGACGCGUCACGAGUCAAACUGUCUGUCCAGGGGAGUCAGUUUGACGACUACAUCAAUGCCAGCUACAUCCCGGGUUACAACUGCAAAAAGGAGUAUAUUGCAGCACAGGGUCCUCUCCCAGGGACGGUGGACGAGUUCUGGAGAAUGCUCUGGGAGAAGAACGUCCGCACCCUGGUCAUGCUGACCAGAUGCAACGAAAUGGGAAGGGUGAAAUGUGAAGAAUACUGGCCUUCCGACACCAAACACUAUAAGAACAUUGCUGUGACGACCACGUCUAUCAUCCCAUUGGAGGACUGGACCAUCAGAGACUUUGAUGUGAAAAACGUGAAAACGGCAGAAACCCGGAAUCUGCGGCAGUUCCACUUCACGGCUUGGCCCGACCACGGGGUGCCCGAGUCCACCGAGCUGCUAAUCAACUUCCGUCACCUGGUCAGGGAGCACAUGGAGCAGCACUCCCGAAACUCUCCCACCGUGGUGCACUGCAGCGCCGGGGUGGGCCGGACAGGGACCAUGAUCGCCAUCGAUCACCUGAUCUUUCAGAUCGAGAGGGAGAGCAUGGUGGACCUGUACGCCAUCGUGCACAGCAUGCGAAUGCACCGCGGCCUCAUGGUCCAGACCGAGGAGCAGUACGUGUUCCUGCACAGGUGCGCCUUGGACAUUAUCAAAUCAAGGACCGGAACCAACGUGGACCUGAUCUACCAGAACACAGCCGCAAUGGAUAUUUAUGAGAACUUUAAGCCCGGGGGCGCGGGGGCCGUCUAGUCUCCAACCGGAACCCGGCCGUCCACCACCCAGCUCCCCAUGGGGCAGCACUGCCACCUCAUGCCAGGAUGGUCCCGGGUAUGGGUGUUCUACGCGUGGGGUUCCUCCAGGUUCUCCAGUCUCCUCCCACAGUCCAAAGACGUGCAGGGUAGGGUACUUGGGGGGUGAGUUAACAGGGUGUUGCAGCAAAAGAGCAUGCAUGCUCAGUCAACCUACCCUGUAUAAGCAAAGGUUAAUAAAUAAAUCAAAUAAAUAAUAAUAAUCUCCAUGCUCUCUAGCACGGGAUUCUCUAAUGGUCGUCCACAGUGAAAGUUUUACCACAGUGAUUGUAUUAUUUAUCUACUGCUCCAGAAAUCUUGAAGAAUUAAGGAAAAAUGUUUGUCUUUUCAACAGGAAGGUGAAUAUUUUUAACGAUCGGUAUUGUUAUUUUUUCAAUUAUGUCACUGUUUUUUUGUAAGCUGAUUUUGGCAGACUUUUCAGGUAAACAAAUGAAAUAAUUUUGAUAGGAGAAACCGUGUGGAAAAUACUGUAUACGUUAAGCUUUGCACAUUCUGAAGAAAUGGGCUAUUUUACAUUUUAUAUUUUAUUCUUUCUAUUCUUUCUAUGCUUAUUUUCGCUUGCUUGUUUCAGAUGCAUUUCAGAUUGUUUUUGUGCCACAAAGGUUAAAUAUGGUUAUCACAAUGUGUGCAAUACAAGACUUUUCUAUAUAUACAGAACAGGAUUUAAUUCUGCUGAAAGAGAUUUAUGUACACAGACACGCACGCACGCACACACACACACACACACACACACUCAGGACAUUUGUAAACUUGUCAGAGUUGCGGAGGAUGCUGGUAGGCAAUUGCCCUUUGACUUAAAAAUGAAUAUUGAGAUAUUUAUGUCACCACAAAGUCUGUCAUCAGGUUAUAUAUAUAUAUAUAUAUGUAUACAUCUAUGUUCCUUUAUAUGCCUCUAAAGCAGAGCACUUAACUCCAGUCCAUGACAACAGUGCUCAUCUGUGCUGCCCUGCCUGGCACUAGUGCUGUGAAGAGGAAGCAGAGUUUGCAGGGCAAACAGUUUUGACGGCAGCCAUUUUGUGUGUGUUCUUACUCGGGCUGGGGUAAGUGUUGGGGGGGG